AUGAGAAAUACAAUAUUAUACUUCCCUUUUGUUUUCGCAACCGCGCUCUGUCAUGGGCUCAAGGGAGCGCCAUACGCAAGAUAUGGUUCAGAGAUAAUAAAUCUUUACUCUUGUAACUUGCAGAUGAUGCAUACAGUUUCAUUCUGUAGUGACCCUUUAGACGCAGGGUUUGCAUGUUCAUGCAAAAACAGCAAUGCUUUGGCAACUCUUGCUGGUUGCUUUAACAAUGGAAAAAAACCUGUUAUUUCAGAAGCAACAUUGGCAUUAUGUGAAAAGAAUUAUUUGUCUCCUGUUAGUGUGGAACAGUUUCAAGAAGCAUACAUUAACUUCACUCUUCGUGCAAAGACUAUCGAUGAAAUCCCUGGAUUCAAUUUAUCCAUUCCCGUUGAUGUCCCAAUCAGACUUGAUCCAGAAAUUGUUUCUCUUUACAAAAGGGCAUAUAGACAAUUCUUAGGGAAUUAUGAUAACUCGUUAUAUUAUGGAUCCGGUAUGUUGGGGUUCUGGCUACUCGUGUUCUUAGUUGUGGCAGUGUCACAUUGGAGUAAACUACUCUUCCCCGGUGUUGUGAAAUACUUUACAGGUCCGACAUCAAACAUUUUGAGAAAGUAUAUUACUCUUCCAGCUACUGGUAGAAGAAGAAGGACGAACGAAAAGCCGUUGUGGAAAGUAUUUGACUUUUUGGUGCCCUCAAGAAAGGAAACAAUUAUAAUUUUUUUGUUCACCUGUCUCACCAUUUUCUGCAACUCUCACAACAUUGUUUACAUUAAAAAUGAUCCAAUCUUUACCAAAAAGUCUGAUGUUUUGCUUCGUUACACAGCUGACAGAACUGGUAUAACUGCAAGUAUUAUCAUGCCAUUGUUGGUUUUGUUUGCGGGAAGAAAUAACUUUUUGCAGUGGCUUACAGGGUGGAACUUUGCUGUUUAUAUCUCAUUCCACAGAUGGAUUGCAAGAAUUGUAUUUGCCUUGGUGUUCGUACAUGCUGUAACAUUUUCUUUUGCUCUAGGUACAAAAUACUAUGCUGAAGACAUGAAAGAGACCUAUUUAGUAUGGGGUACUCUUGCUACCGUUGCUGGUGGUAUAAUUAUGGUUCAAGGACUUAUGGCUCUCAGAAGACGUUGGUACGAAAUAUUCUUGAUUAUUCAUAUUAUCAUGGCAGCUUUAUUUAUUGGUGGAUCUUGGAUUCAUGUAGACGAAUUAGGCUAUGUGUGGUUCUAUUAUGCUGCCACCGCCGUAUGGGCAUUUGACAGAUUAGUCAGAAUAUUGAGACUUGUGACAUUUGGUUGCCCCGAGUCAGAAGUUAGUUUUUUGUCCGAUGAAACUCUCAAAGUAGUGGUUCCCAAACCAAAAUACUGGAGGGCCAUUCCUGGUGGCCAUGCUUUCGUUCACUUUUUACGACCAUCAUGUUUCUGGCAAUCGCAUCCUUUCACUUUCACCACCUCCACUUCACAAGAGACUGAAAAUAGUAUCGUAUUGUAUUGUAAAGUCAAAGGAGGUGUAACUCAUGGACUAUAUCAAUAUCUUGCCACGCAUCCUGGAAAGCGUACCACUAUUAGAGUCUCUCUCGAAGGUCCAUAUGGUGAGUCGACCCCUGCCAAGAGAUACGAUUCGGCUGUUUUUGUCGCCGGUGGAAAUGGAAUUCCAGGUAUUUAUUCCGAAAUUUAUGACUUAGCCCUCAAGCAACAAGAGAAUUCAGACAAGAUCUUAAAGUUAUUCUGGGUUGUUAGAGAGUAUAAAUCAUUGUACUGGUUUUACGAAGAAUUGCUCGCCUUGAAAAGUACCAAGAUAGAAUGUACUGUUUUUGUUACUCAACCAGAUUCAGAGUCUUGCAUAAAUGAAUUCGCUAGUAGAAUGGUUCAAAAGUUCAGUGACACUGAAUCAGAGGACAAAAGUGAUUCAUACAAGGAAAAAAUAACUGAAGAAGGAAGUGUUGACAUUAGAAGAAUCGUUCAUCAGAUUCACAAUGAAUUGAAUCACAUCAAUUUUGUUGAAGGUAGACCUUGUAUGGAUUCUGUUGUGAAACAGGAAAUUGAAGACUCUCCCGGUUCCGUUGCAUUCAUUGUUUGUGGCCACCCGUUAAUGGUAGAUGAUUUGAGAUAUUCAGUCGCACAUUCUUUAGACUAUGCCAAGGGGAAGAGAGUUGACUUUUUUGAACAAUUGCAAGUUUGGGCUUAA